AUGUGUGUCCCCUCGCACCUCCCUCGGCAGCUGAGGACCGUUGCUUGGCUCUUGGGGACUCUCAGUCUCCUGGCACACUUGGCGUCAGCACAAGCGCCAGCACUCGUCUGUUGCAUGGCAUACACUACCAUCAACGAGAACACCUUCUUCAUUCAAGGAGGACUUUUGAUCACAGGACCCGGCACCUCUUCAUCCAACACCUCUCAGUUCUACUCCCUUGAUCUCACCCAACCCACCUGGAACACCUUGAACCCGCCAUGGAAACCAUUAACAUACCCCACAACCCUGACCUCAACCUCUGGACACUCCAUGUCGGUCGCACAGGACAACAGUGGAUUCACAAUGUGGAUGGCUCCCGGCUUGGUCGCCACUUACACCAUUGGAAGUAACUCAUGGGCACAAAUUCUGCCCACUCCACCCGCGACCCUGUUCACAGGAAGCAACCUCCAUGCUGCGACGGACCCAACCUCAGGACUGGUCUACCUACCAGGAGCGGCUGGCACACCCAACAGCAUGUCCGUGUACAGCUCCUCGACGGGAAUGGCUCCUUCGGUCCCAAUGGCUCCCACCUUGGUCGCCGCCGGCUCUUUCUACAGUUUUGUCUGGAGCCAGAUCCGCAAGAGUUUUAUCUACUACGGAGGCAACGCUGCUACGCCGAACCCCUUCUUCGAGUUCUCCCCUUCCGCGGGCAAAUGGACCUCCAUGCCUAUUACAGGGUCCAUUACUCCUCCUUUCCAGAUGAGAAGUUGCAUGGUUCCUGCUUACAACGGAACCAAGAUACUCCUCUUUGGCGGUAACACGGACACGACCCAGUCCGUCGACUCGCUUUUCAUCCUCGAUGUUCAAACCAUGACCUGGACUCAAGCCGACAGUUCCCUCGACGCCAGAUCCGAUAUGGCCUGCUCCGUUUCUGGAGACAACUUUAUCGUCUGGGGUGGAUAUAAGCGAUUCCCAGGAAACCCAUUCCUUCCAGCCUCGGCCACACCAUUGAUUUACAAUAUUCACCUUGGCAAGUGGACAACAACUUACACACGUGGAUCCAAUCCUCCUGCGCCUGUAACAACUGGCACAGGGAAGCCCAAUCCAUCACCCACAGGAAAUGACGACACGAAUAACAAGGGUGGCGGAGGUGGUGGAAGUAACGGAGCUGCGAUCGGAGGUGCAGUGGCAGGCGUGGUGGUAGUCGCCGCCAUCAUUGCAUUCUUUGUCGUCAGGAGACGUCGGCAACACCCGACCCAUCAACCUAUCAACACCAACGAUCCUGAAACGACGGCACGACACGAUCCCGCCUCGCCCUCGACAGGAAACAAUUACAAUGAGCCAGGGCACAAGGACGAGCAUCAUCAAAUGCAGUCCACUCAGUACCAAGAUCCACAGAGCAGCCCACAAUACUACCAUGGCCCACGAAGCAUACAGCAAUACCAGGACCCACACAUCAGCGCACCGUACAGCCCUUUGAACGAACAUCAGAGUUACCCGAGCCCUCUACAGCAGAGUUACCCCAGCGUUCCACAAACAGCAUCGUACUAUCCACCACCGCCUCCCCUGAGCUCACCACCUCCUAGUACAUCCUCCUACACCAUCUCAAAAGAUGCUCAGGAUCACAUCCGACAGCUGGAGCACCAAAUUUCACUGGGUGAGAAACAACUCGCCGCCACCACCCAGUACAACAAGAGCAGUAACAACCCACAAUACAAUCCCGGUUACUCCGAGAUACAAUCGAUGUCACCCGUGCGAGGUCCUCAAGGUACAGGAAUUCCUGUUGUGCCGGAGCCAAUUUCUGCUGCCGACCAUCGCGAGCUGGCCCGUAAGAUUGAGAGCAUGCAUGCUGAGCUCCAGAACCUUCAGUCGCAACUGAAGUUGUGA